GCAGUGGCUGCCGGCCCUUAGCAACGGCCCUGAGGAAGGGCAGGCUCAAGACUUCGCAGAACGUUCCCGAGACAUUGAAGUGACUUACUGCGGUUUACUUCCACAAAGUAGCCUCAGAGUGGAAACAAUGAGCUCCAUUAAAGUCUAUUAUUCCAGCGUAUCAGGGUCUAGGGAGGUGAAGCAGAGACAGGAAGACGUUAUCAGAAUUUUAGAUGCUUACAAAAUAAAUUACGAAUUAAUAGAUAUUUCUAUCAGUUUGAAAAAACUUCAACAAAUGAGGAGGAAGGUUUCCAGCCCUAAGGCUCUACCACCUCAGAUAUUCAAUGGCCAAGAAUAUUGUGGAGAUUUUGAAAUGUUUCACAAGGCAAAGGAAAACAAAGAGAUUCUCAAGUUCCUGAAGAUGGAAUAAACGGGCAGUAAUGACACAAAAAAGGUUUACUGACAUGGAUCUGUAUAUAUUUCUUUGUACAUCUGUUACUUUUCAUUAUAACAAUAAAAAGCUUUCAUUGAA